AUGAAAAAGGAGAUUAUCUUCGUUUGCCAAUAUGGAUAUAUUUCUCUUGUCACAGAUCAUAAAAAUUUGACAGUUAAAGAUGACAACUCAUUAUAUAGAUUCCAGGCUGCCAAUAUGAACAUAGGGUUCUGGUUCUCUGUGCAGGAACGGCGGCACUGUUCGCUGAAACAAGUUCCUAAAAAAGUUGAGAUCUACGAGGAAUUUCUUGCAACUGGUGCUUCAUCUGGAGCAGCCGCGGUCGUAACCACAAGUGCUGGAAAAGGGAGAGGAAGUGAUAGGAGCCUCACCGAAGCAGCUCAUGAGGUUCCUUUCUGCUUCACUUCCAAAGUGCCUCUUUCUUCUUCCCAAUCUCAUCUUCACGAACUUCCAGUUCGGGAUAGUGGGGUGAGUCCAGAGAAAACUUUGCCCAAAAUGGAUGCUUGCAAAGGUGGACUGCAGGUUCCUGGAUCAUCAGUGAUGUGA